GAAUUUGGCUAAAGAAGAGAGAGAAAGGGAGGAUGAUGAAAGAGAAAGGAGAGAAUAAGAAGGGAAAGGGAAAAUGGAAAGUUCUGAAAGAUGACAGGGAUCGUUCUCCUCUCGCCAGCAAGGGGAAACAGCUCUAGGGAUCUGCCAUAUUAGAUUAAUUGAAGGCUCCGAAUAGUUGUGUAGAAUUGCAAUUGAAAGAUAGUUAUUGAGGUGAAGAAGUAUGAGCAUUGGGAUCUGCAUGGGGAUUGAGAGAUCGUUAGGAUAAAUUGGCAGAAAUUUAGCAAUAGCUCAAUUGGAAGUUUAUUUGGUUUUAUGGAAUAAGGUGUUAAACACUUUAUGUUUUGGUUAAAGGAUUUGAUAUUGCUUUUUGGAGACUAUUAAGAUUUGUUAAUGGAAUUGUAAGAAUAGCAAAGGAGAUUGUAUUGAUAAUCGACGAAUAUAGCCUUACACAUUUA